GAUACACCGUGAGGUCUUACCUACGCGUUACCAUCACCUGCACACCGGCAGUUCCUACAAGUAAAUUACUUGCUCCCACCGUAUCCACUCUCAGUCGAGUGCGUAUCACUCUAACCUUGACCCUUGCUACCAACAAUGUCCAAGAAACAUACCUUAGAUGGCUUCUUUCAGCCAGCCGUUCAAGCCAAAAAAAUCAGAUUGACAGCCUCUUCUGAAACGUCAAAUCAUGACACCUACCCGUAUUCAGUACCAAAACUGCCUCCUGAGAUCACCGAAAUCCUCUCCUUCUCACCAGCGGACGAAGGCAAACUCAUAAACGACAAACCAGAUCUGGAUCUUUACUAUUUCUCACCAUAUGUGUCCAAGGACAUUGAGAAGGAGCUCUUCAGCUUCCUAAGAGAGAACCUCUUCUUCUAUCGCGUCCAAUAUAGCAUCAAACGAGGGCCUGUAGAGACUCAGAUCAAUACACCACGGUAUACAACUGUAUUUGGAGUAGACGAGUCAUCGACUUUCGGAGCAGAAGGUCAUUUGCUAGAUGCACAGUCCGGGAAGCCAGUUCCUCGAGACCGAUACAAGUGUAGACCACGACCAAUUCCAGACUGUCUGGAGACCCUUCGAAAGAUAACUGAAGGCACCACUGGUGAGAAGUUCAAUUUUUGCCUCGUGAACUACUACGCGAGCGGUAACGACAGUAUCUCUUAUCAUAGUGAUGAUGAACGAUUCCUAGGCCCAAAUCCUGCAAUCGCUUCAUUCUCGUUUGGCGUGAAGAGAGACUUUUUGAUGAAGCAUAAACCAGCAAAAAAGGAUGGAAAGCAAAUUGAGAUCGAUUCAAAGCCCAUAAGGUUUGAGCUGAAAUCUGGAGACAUGAUACUCAUGAGAGGACCCACGCAAUCGAAUUGGUUGCAUAGCAUACCGAAGAGAAAAGGAGGUGAUGUUGACAAAGGUAGGAUCAAUAUCACCUUCCGACGUGCUAUGGUGAGAGGUGGCACAGACAAUUAUUACCAGUAUAAUGUGGGAACUGGUAUCGCUUUUCGUUGGGAUGCUGUGAAGAAGGAUAUGGUCCCUUGGAAGCACGAUAGCCACUCGUAGAGGUGCUGAGGCAACACCACGCCACUUAUGGAAAAAAUAAGCUUCAUUCGCUUCAACGACGCCAUGACAUUUAUAGAGUGAGCGGUAUGUCUUGAAUGAACACCAACCAGUCUUCUUAGCCGUAAGAAGCAUAGCGCCAGCGCAUCCAAUCCAUACUCUGUAGCAUCUCAUGAGGAGAAUAACGGACCGGAAGGUGAUUUGACGGCAGAUUGCGCUUUGACUAUGGCCAGCUGUUCGCUCCUCAUCAACCGUGUUCUUGCGAGUACUUCCGGUCGAUUGCUAGAGUAUCGGGUUUGAUACUGCCUUGAUCCUUGACCUGCUGUAAAUCGCCGGUGCCUUAUCCCUAGACUUCGAGGAAAC